AUCUUGCGGUGUGGGUUAGUGGUGCUGCAGUGGUGAUGGUUUGGUCCGAGUUAUUAAUCUUCUUGGCACAAAUCUGUACGACGUGUUAUUCAGCGUAGCGAAUCUUUGUGGUUUUUUAAUCUUCAUCACCAAUUUCUCCCCGCCCUCGGUACCCCGCCGCCACCGAUUGCCCGUAGCUGGUAACCUUGUUCAUCACUCUACAAGGGAGAAAUGGUGAAAACUCCGCGUUCUCCUGUAACCACAGGAAAGAAAAGGUGCAGAGCCAAGCCGCAAAAGAAAGAUGAAGAUACAAUUGAUAAUGGCAAAUUGGACAAGGAACCUCAGGAUGCAACAAAAGAGAUGGAUGAAGUUGGAAAGGGUGACACCCGUGCUGCCUGUAAGAGGCCAAGAAGAGCAGCAGCAUGUUCUGAUUUCAAAGAGAAAUCUGUACGGUUAUCUGAUAAAUCCUCUGUUGUCGCGACCAAUGAAAAUCAGAUCGAAGAGGAGGAAAUAGAUGCUGUAAAGGUGACAAAAUUAGGACCAGAAGAUCAGCGACCUUGUCGGAAAUUGAUUGAUUUCAUCUUGCAUGAUGCUGAUGGGAAACUGCAGCCCUUUGAAAUGUCAGAAAUUGGUGAUUUUUUCAUCACAGCUCUUAUCAUGCCCAUGGAUGAUGAUUUAGAAAAAGAUCGUCAAAGAGGAGUACGCUGUGAAGGAUUUGGGCGAAUUGAGGACUGGGCAAUAUCUGGUUAUGAUGAAGGUACUGCGGUAGUCUGGGUCUCAACAGAAGUUGCUGACUAUGAAUGUGUGAAACCAGCAGGCAAUUACAAAUCUUAUUAUGACCACUUCUAUGAGAAGGCCCAGGUCUGUGUUGAAGUUUACAGAAAACUUGCAAGAUCAGUUGGUGGGAAUCCUAGUCUGGGUUUGGAAGAAUUGCUUGCUAGUGUUGUUCGUUCUAUUAAUGCUAUCAAAGGUUACAGCGGUACACUGAGCAAAGAUUUUGUGAUAUCCAUUGGUGAGUUUGUGUACAACCAGCUAAUUGGAUUGGAUGAGACAGCAAACAAUGAUGAUGAGAAGUUUGCUACACUACCAGUUCUUCUUGCUCUAAGAGAUGGGUGCAAAUCUAGAGUAGAAUUAAGCAAGCUGAAGCCUAACAUCUCAAAUGGAACACUGAAGAUUAAUGAUGCGGAGUGCAAAGAGGUAGAGGUAACUGAGGAUGAUGAUGAGAAGUUAGCAAGAUUGUUGCAACAAGAAGAAGAAUGGAAGAUGAUGAAACAGAGAGGUAAACGUGGAACACCUUCUCAGAAAAAUGUCUACAUCAAAAUUAGUGAAGCUGAGAUUGCCAAUGACUAUCCUCUGCCUGCAUACUAUAAACCCUCUAGUCAAGAAAUGGAUGAGUACAUAUUUGACAGUGACGAUAGCAUGUAUUCUGAUGUGCCAGUAAGAAUCCUCAACAACUGGGCUUUAUACAAUGCAGAAUCCAGGCUUAUUCCUUUGGAACUAAUCCCUAUGAAAGCAGGCACUGAAAAUGAUAUAGUUGUUUUUGGAUCUGGUUUUAUGAGAGAGGAUGAUGGCAGUUGCUGUUCUACUGCUGAAUCUACAAAGUCGUCUUCAUCAAGUAGUUCUAACCACCAGGAUGCUGGUGUUUCUAUUUAUCUGAGCCCAAUCAAGGAAUGGGUUAUAGAAUUUGGUGGAUCAAUGAUUUGCAUAACCAUUCGAACUGAUGUGGCCUGGUAUAAGCUACGGCAACCUACAAAGCAAUAUGCUCCUUGGUGUGAGCCUGUGUUGAAAACAGCAAGGCUUGCUGUUGGCAUCAUAACCCUACUAAAGGAGCAAAGUCGUGCUUCAAAGCUUUCUUUUGCUGAUGUCAUCAAGAAAGUGGCAGAAUUUGAUAAAGGGAACACUGCAUUUAUAUCACCUAACAUUGCACUGGUUGAGAGAUAUAUUGUGGUACAUGGACAGAUUAUUCUUCAGCAGUUUUCAGAUUUUCCAGAUGAGACUAUCCGGCGUAGCGCAUUUGCUACUGGUCUUUUGAUGAAGAUGGAGCAAAGAAGGCAUACAAAGUUGGUCAUGAAGAAAAAGGUUCCAGUGAUGAGGGGAGAGAAUCUGAACCCAAGUGCAACUAUGGGCCCAGCAUCAAGAAGAAAAGUGAUGCGCGCAACAACAACCAGGCUGAUCAACAGGAUAUGGAGUGAUUACUACGCACACCAUUUCCCUGAAGAUUCCAAGGAUGGAGAUACAAAUGAAGCAAAAGAAAUUGACGAUGAACUGGAAGAAAAUGAAGAUGAGGAUGCUGAAGAGGAAGUACAAAUUGAAGAGGAAGAUGUCUCAAAAACUCCACCAUCAGCACGGUCUCGAAAGUUGGUGUCACAAACAUGCAAAGAAAUUAGAUGGGAAGGUGAAGCAAUUGGUAAAACAGCUUCUGGAGAAGCUCUAUAUAAAUGUGCUCAUGUUCGAGAGCUCAGAAUAAAUGUGGGAGGGGCAGUUGCACUAGAAGAUGAUUCAGGAGAAUUGGUCAUGUGCUUUGUUGAGUACAUGUUUCAGAAACCUAAUGGAGCAAAACUGGUUCAUGGAAGGCUGUUCCAGAGAGGUUCACAGACUGUUCUAGGCAAUGCUGCAAAUGAAAGGGAUCUUUUCUUAACCAUUGAUUGUUUAGAAUUUGAGUUAGAGGAUAUCAAAGAAUUGUUGUCUGUCAAUCUCCAAUCAUUGCCCUGGGGUCACAAGUAUAGAAAAGAGAAUGCUGAAGCUGAUAGGAUUGAGCGUGCCAAAGCUGAAGAGAGAAAGAAGAAGGGUUUGCCAAUGGAAUAUUUGUGCAAAAGCUUGUACUGGCCUGAGAAGGGUGCAUUUUUCUCCCUUCCUCAUGACAAACUGGGUCUUGGUAAUGGUUUCUGUAGCUCUUGUGAGCACAAAGAGCCAGAUUGUGAUGAACUGAAAAUACUAUCCAAAAGCAGCUUCACCUACAGAAACGUUACCUACAAUAUCCAUGACUAUCUGUAUAUUAGAGCUGAGUUUUUCUCCCAAGAGGAGGAUCGUGCAACCUUCAAGGCAGGGCGUAAUGUGGGUCUAAAGCCCUAUGUAGUUUGCCAUCUAUUGGAUGUCCAUGAACCUGCUGGGUCCAGAAAAAUUCAGCCGGCAUCAACAAAAGUCAGUGUUAGAAGAUUUUACAGACCAGAUGACAUUUCAUCGGCCAAAGCUUAUGUUUCUGACAUCAGAGAGGUAUACUAUAGCGAAGAUAUAGUUAAAGUGCCUGUGGAUAUGAUAGAGGGGAAAUGUCAGGUCAGAAAGAAGAAUGACAUCUCAAAUUCAGAUCUUCCAGUGAUUGUUGAACAUGAAUUUUUCUGUGAACUUUUCUAUGAUCCUGCCACUGGAGCUUUAAAGCAGUUGCCUCCAAAUGCUAAGCUCAUGUCUGCGCAACAAAAGGCAACUGCCGCUUCGAGAAAGAACAAAGGAAAGCAGAUCUGUGAGAGUGAUCAAGUGGAUUCAGAUAAACACAUGAAGGUGCACAAAGAGAAUUGUCUUGCAACUCUUGACAUUUUUGCUGGCUGUGGAGGUUUAUCUGAAGGACUGCAGCAAGCUGGUGUAUCGUUUACAAAAUGGGCAAUUGAAUAUGAGGAGCCAGCUGGUGAAGCAUUUUCCCAAAAUCAUCCAGAAGCUGCGGUGUUUGUGGAUAACUGCAAUGUGAUUUUGAAGGCAAUUAUGGACAAAUGUGGAGAUGCUGAUGACUGCGUUUCAACUUCUGAGGCUGCUGAGCAAGCAGCUAAACUUUCUCAAGAGAAUAUUACGAACCUUCCUGCCCCUGGUGAAGUAGAAUUCAUUAAUGGUGGUCCUCCAUGUCAGGGCUUUUCUGGGAUGAACAGAUUUAACCAAAGCCCAUGGAGUAAAGUUCAAUGUGAGAUGAUUUUAGCAUUCCUCUCUUUUGCUGAAUAUUUCCGCCCCAGGUUCUUUCUUUUGGAAAACGUUAGGAACUUUGUUUCGUUCAACAAAGGACAGACUUUCCGACUGACAGUUGCAUCUCUUCUGGAGAUGGGAUACCAGGUCCGGUUUGGAAUUUUAGAAGCAGGGACUUUCGGUGUUGCUCAGUCCAGGAAAAGGGCAUUCAUUUGGGCUGCUGCCCCUGGAGAGACUCUGCCUGAUUGGCCAGAGCCAAUGCAUGUGUUUGCUAGCCCUGAGCUGAAAAUAACACUGCCUGAUGGCAAAUACUAUGCUGCUGCCAAAAGCACUGCUGGUGGGGCUCCUUUCCGUGCAAUUACAGUUAGAGAUACAAUUGGGGAUCUACCAAAAGUGGAGAAUGGUGCCAAUAGACUCUUACUUGAGUAUGGUGGUGAACCUGUCUCUUGGUUCCAGAAGAAGAUUCGAGGGAACACGAUCCAACUGAAUGAUCACAUAUCUAAGGAGAUGAAUGAACUGAAUCUCAUCAGAUGCCAACGCAUUCCAAAGCGGCCAGGUUGUGAUUGGCAUGACCUACCAGAUGAGAAGGUGAAACUAUCAUCGGGGCAACUAGUUGACUUGAUCCCUUGGUGCUUGCCUAACACGGCUAAAAGGCAUAACCAGUGGAAGGGGCUGUAUGGUAGGCUGGAUUGGGAGGGCAAUUUCCCCACUUCCGUGACAGAUCCCCAGCCAAUGGGCAAGGUUGGCAUGUGCUUCCACCCUGAACAGGAUAGGAUCAUCACAGUCCGUGAAUGUGCGCGAUCUCAGGGCUUCCCUGACAGCUACCAGUUCGCGGGCACCAUCCAGAGCAAGCACAGGCAGAUUGGCAAUGCUGUGCCUCCACCUCUUGCCUUCGCACUUGGGAGGAAACUGAAGGAAGCUGUUGAUGCAAAGCGUCAAUAGGCGUCACUACAUCGGCUCUAUGACUAUUAGGUCCCUUCUCCGAUGAUCAAUGAAGAUGAUUCUUCCCAGGAGACAAACAUACAAACAUGAGUGUAGUUACCCUUGAUUGUCGGCUGCAUUUCUAUCUGAAUUGUUAACUGUGUGUUGAUUGAAAUUUUAGUCAUAUAGAUCCAUGGUUGUACAUUUUAGAGGUUGUGAUUGAUACCCUGAUUAGGGGUAUGAUUAAGUGGUUGUAUUCAAAUAUUGAGACAAAAUAAUACUAGUUAGUGAUGGCUGAAUUGUUAUCGUGGGUUAUCUUUUCCAAUCUGGAAACCCUCUUUAAUCUGGAAACCUUAUGCUUGUUUUUGGUUGGUUCAGGCUUGGAAAAAAAUC